UUGCUGCAUAUACCUAGACGAGGCUGUCGCUUGUGGAUCUUUCGCUCUCCUCCAGGAAACAAACAAAAGAAAACCCAUCACAUACACUCUCUCUCUCACACACACACACACACACACACACACACUGAUAAAGGAAAAAAGUAUUUUCAGAUUGCGUUGUGUCAAAGGGUUGAGCUGAGAGGGAGGAAGGAUAGUGAUGUGAAGAGAAACACACCCAGGACUGAUUCAUACAGCAUGGCCAACAACUGGUGGUUGCCACAGGAUACAGAAUUUGACUUGAUCAUGUGAUCUGUCCUCCUUCCUGUACCCUUAGACUUUCCAGAGGGGCAUCAUGACCAGACGACUGAGCAGCUCGACUCGUUCCCAGACGGAGGACUCCGUCUUCCUAAAGCCAGACGAAGACCCCAUAUGGCUGGAUGACCCUCCAAUGACAGACGGCGACCCCUCUCAACCACGAGAUGGCCCCCCGGGCCUUGAUGAACCCCCAGGACCAGGUACAGGUCCCCCAGGGCCCCAGGGCCACCAAGAGGAACUGUGGAGGGACAAGUUUUACACCAUCGUCAUGGGGAUGCACUGGUGUGCCGUGUUCUGCACAAUUUCCCAAAUCACGGGUUAUUGGGCCUUCUUCCUGGUGGAUGGUAAUGGGCUUUUCUCAGCCUUCUACAAAUCCCUACAGCUCCUAGACUUCUACCUGGGCGUCCUCCUAUCAUUCAACCCUGUGUUUGGAGUGGACUCCCUGUGCGUGAUGGCGGAGGUGGAGAAAACCAAUCACUACUGGGUCCUCCAGGCCACCGAAGGCAUUGGCAUGGCUAUCAUUGUCUUUAUGAUCAUCCGCACUGUGUGUAAGUUGGAGUAUGGUGAUGCGGGGUGGUCAGCGGCGACGGUGGCGGUGGCUGACCAUGGGGACAGACGUCAGUCGGUGAGUCGCCAGCCUUCCUUCACCCUGUCGGAGUGGACAGACGCCCAGGAGGACCUGAUGGACCUGGAAGCUGAACCCCAGACCCCCAUCUUUGACCUGGGCCUGGACACCAGGACAGAGGGGGACAUCACCACCCUCUCUGUUACACCUGUGGGCCUGCAGGAGAGGAGAGGCUCCAACGUGUCUCUGACCCUGGACAUGUGUUCUCCUGGCUGUACGGAGCCCUACGGCUACGGAGCCCAGCUCUCCCCCAGAGACCAGACUGCCAAGGAGUACCUGAGGGAGGGAACAAACACUCUCACCCCUAGCCAGCUCCACACACGCGCUAUAGACGACCAGGCCCUACAGGCUGAGUUCUAUGAAACUCCCAUGAACUUUGUGGACCCAAAGGAGUAUAACUACCCGGGCCUGGUGAGGAAGAACCGCUACAAGACCAUCCUCCCCAACGCACACAGCCGAGUGAUACUCCGGACAGCAGAUGAAGAGGAGUUCCUCAGUACCUACAUCAACGCUAACUACCUACAGGGUUACGGGGGUGAGGAGCGGGCGUACAUCGCUACCCAGGGUCCUACAGUGAACACAGUGGGAGACUUCUGGAGGAUGGUGUGGCAGGAGCGCUGUCCCAUCAUCGUCAUGAUCACGAACCUAGAGGAGAAGAAUGAGAAAUGUGCAGAGUACUGGCCUGAGGACUCUGUGACCCACGAGGGCAUCGAGAUCAAGGUUGUCACGGUAACCCAGGAGGACGACUACAGCCUGAGGGUCUUCACUCUGAAGUUUGAUGGAGAGGAGCGCAGCCUCCGGCAGUACUGGUACACCUCCUGGCCUGACCAGAAGACCCCAGACAAAGCCCCGCCCCUCCUGGAGCUGGUAGAGGAAGUGGAGCAGGCCAGAGCGGAAGCUCCGCCCACCAGCGGCCCUGUCAUCGUCCACUGCAGUGCUGGGAUAGGUCGGACAGGCUGUUUCAUCGCCACCUCCAUCCUGUGUAAACAGCUGAGGAGUGAGGGCGUGGUCGACAUCCUGAGGACCACCUGCCAGCUCCGCCUUGACAGAGGCGGGAUGAUCCAGACGGGUGAGCAGUACCAGUUUGUUCACCAUGUCCUCAGCCUCUACGAGAAGCAGCUGUCCCACAUUGUAGAGGAGUAGAGACACAUCACUGUACCUACUGUAUUGCACAAUGUACCUACUGUAUUGCACAAUGUACCUACUGUACACUGUACUCUGUACGUACUGUACACUGUACCUACUGUACUGUACACUGUACCUACUGUAUUGUACAAUGUACGUACUGUACACUGUACCUACUGUAUUGUACAAUGUACGUACUGUACACUGUACCUACUGUAUUGUACACUGUACCUACUGUACUGUACACUGUGUCUACUGUACUGUACAAUGUGCCUACUAUACUGUACAAUGUACCUACUGUAUUGUACACUGUACCUACUGUACCUACUGUAUUGUACACUGAUAGCUACUGUACUGUACCUACUGUAUUGUACACUGUACCUACUGUACUGUACACCCAUCUCUUUAGCACACACAACCACAAAAACAAUAACAGACUAUGUCAGCCUCAUCCAGCCCCCUUCCAUUUCAGAGGCCCACGUACGAGAAGCCCAAUCCUGACGUAAUAUUCCUUAAUUCGGCAAGAAUUUGACUGAUUUGAUUUGCAGACCAUGCUCUAAGAGUAGCAAUGACUACAUGUCUGUCUGGCCCCACUUCUAACGCAGACAUUUGUUGUCACACAUGGCAGAGGUCUGUCCAGUAGGAUAUUUGAUAAGAUAUGUCCCGUCAAGUGCCAUGUUAGAUUAUUCAGACUUCUCAACAUAAGAAAAGGUCCAGCCUAUAUUCACGGUGUGAAGCCUACAAUCUCACAGUGAGGGACCACCAGUUCAUCUGAAACGUAAACCGCCAACUAGCUUUUCUCUCCUGUUACAACAAAACCAUCUCCAUACGAGCAAAAGACGUAGAAAAUGUCAAUGUUCAAAGUCUUGUGCUCACUUGACCUCUUCAAAUAAACACAGUACAGCAGGCCUUUCAAAACUCCUGGUGCUUCUCAGGAGCCACCUCAUCUUCAGGUUUCAUGGUGCUCCGUGUUCAUUACCACUGACUGAGGCAUGUACCAUAGAUCUCUACGGAAACACCGAGGAAUGUAACCGUUGGGUAACUAGGCAUUGUGUGCAGUCUCUUCAGUAUUACAGUACCGUGCGUAUGUGCAGUCAGUCAGUCGGUCAUCAUGAUCUCCAUGGUAAUUCAUCAGACAUCAUAGCCUCAUAGACUUUCACCAGCGUUGUCAGGUGACCACCGAGACUUGAGGGGGGAGGGGUGUCUCAACUUCUGAGUUCACACAUGAGAAGUAAUGACUGGCACAUACAGUAGCAUAGGUAUCCAGAGACUGAGGUGCAGAUCUACUAGUGGAACGUGCACCUGUUACUUUUUUUUUCUCCCCCUCGCGGGAGUCAAAUAGCCUGGGUGCCAGUCUGUUUUGGCUCGCUUGCCAAACUCCUUAUGGUAUUGUCAUGUUUUGUCAAUUCAAAUAUAGUCUGCAAAAGCAACAACAACAAAACAGAUCUGGGACCAGGCUAGAAGAUGAACAUGAAAGUGCAAAAGGGCACAAAUGUAAAAAGGCUGCAAGAAGAAACAAAACCUCUAAACUGGACUUUAAUGGUUUAGCUUUCCUUUAAACGUUAUUAUUCCCCUCUAACAAAGGAUCCAGGUGUUACUGAUGAUGGGUAAACCUGACCCUCCUGACCCUGCCCAUCAGCGCCCUCUCUGUGGGGUUGGGAUGAUGAUAACCUCUGCUGACAACAGUACCCUGAACACGUGCGUGACGUUAGCAGCCCAUGAUUGUUGUGUAGACAGGCCAAGCCUACUCCGUAUAAAGCACAAUAGACCAACUAUGGUUGUCUCUCUGAUGUUCAGCUGUAAAAUGUUCAUUUCUCUGUGUCGUGUUUUGACUGUGUUGACUUAAAUGGAUUGCAUGUGCUGUAUGGGACUCUCAUAUGUCCGCAAUCAAAGCGAAAGUGAUUGGUUGUCCAGCUUUCUGUUGUAAUAAGGGUUCUCCGAUUAUCUUGCUUGCUCUCUGCCAAUGCUUUUGAUACAGUUUGCUUUUGUGAAACCAACCAGAGAUAUUUUUAGAACCGUUUUUUAUACAAUCCUUUCGAGUAGAUGCCUUGUGUAUAUUUUCCAUUUACACCACAAUGGAAUGUAGCUCAUACUGUGGUCAAACCAUUGGUUUAUAUCGCAAGAUUUGACAGAAACAAAUGUGACAACUACCCAAGUUACCUUACAACAAAAAACCAUUGAUUGUUUUGUCUUCAGUAUGACUUUGAUGCCUCUAGGCUUCGCUUCAAUAUGCUUUGCUUUGUGUGUCCUUGAGUUUUUUUUUCUCGUUUUCUUUACGAGUUUUACCCCAGACCCAGUUUUUACACAGUCCUCAUCUGUGGUUUCAAUUUAAUUCAAUCGCAUAUCAAGGAAAACCACACUAUGGGUUCACUCUAAAUGUGUAUGCCAAUGACGAACAGCUUCCGGGCCAGGAUUUGAAUGUGGUUGACACCUCCGAUACUUAACAUUGACCGACUGCAUGGUUUCCCCUUGGCGCGUAAUUGAUUGCAUUGUGACCUGUGAACUCCAGGCCAGACUGACCUCACAUCGACAUGAGAAAUAUCAACUACACGUAGGACAGCUAAAACAAUGGGAUUAAGAGUUGUAUGGAAGAAACCUUUAACGACUCUCAUCUUGAUUGAAUGCAACUGGUCCAUUACAGCGAACACCCAGCAGGAGACAAUGUCACUGGUUUGUUUUAAAUGGGCAUCUCGCAAACUAAAAAUGAGCAUUUCAUCCUCUGAUUGAAACGGCCGUGACACGUCGAGUUUUGCAGAUGGGGAAAAAAAGCUAAAGUGGAACCGCUAGGAACUUGGAGAAGUUGGAAUUCAACUAUGAAAUCCUUUCCUGAUAACGCUCGUUGCAAUUGAUCCAACCGCUUUAUUUUGAGUGCUUGUUGUCUGUGCUGCCAGGUCUUAUUCUGGUGAUCAUAGUGAGGGAGAAGAUAAUUGAAAUAGCCAACCCAGUGAACAAAAUUGGUUGAAAAUACUUUGAAUAUGUCUUUUUGGUUGAAAUCUCUUCUCAAACAGUUUUGCUCACUGGGGAAACUAUCAGACAUACUCCAACCAACCAGCAAACAGCCUACUCUCCUCUGCUACUACAGUAUUGCUUUUAAAUUGUGAGUUUUUGCAUCCAAAUAAAAGUAGAUUUUCAUGAA